UCGGCGCAGAAGAUCACCCGCGUGCGCAACUCGGGCGACGCCGACUCCGGUCGCGACCUUUUCCACGCCAUGGCGAAGAGAGUGGUGGAGUUGCAGCUCUCCACCGACCGCAUCUUCAACAUGGAUGAGACGGCGUUCAUGCCGAAAGGCACGUCGAGAAGGGUGCUGGGGCUU